AUGUCUAAUCUAACCUCAAAUAGAUUUCAUCUUCCUUGUAUUGCUUCGAAAGAGGUUUCACCAAAAAAAGAGGCAACAACUACAAGAGCGAUGAGACCAUCUCUUUUCUUAAACUAACUUGAUGUUCUUCCUUAUUCUUUAAAAACUGAGGGAGAAGUUACAGAAAGAAAUGUAGGAAAUAAAAUAUACACUCAAUGUGAGAGUGAUCCACUUAUCGAAAUUCCUUAUCAUUUCCGUUUACCUAAAAUAGUCCCAGCCAGACCAAAGAGAUUUUAGAGAUCUUUACCUGAAAUUCCUAUCAUAGUCCAAGAAUCGCGAAACGCAUCUCCUGCUGAAUUUGAGAGACACUAAAAACGAACUAAGUUAUUCCUAAAAAGAUAAGAUUCAAAAAUAUUGGCACCAGUAACAAAAUUUUAAAGAAAAAAAGUGGAGUUUAAGAAAUCUUUAAUUGUGAUUGAUAUCGAAACAGGAAAUUAAGACAAGCAAGAAAUCUCUGAGACUUAAAAACCACUUAGAAGAAUAGCACAUUAAAAGACUAAAUCAUUUCAAAUUAGAAAUGAAUGA